UCGGUUCUGGUUGGUGCGCGUCAGUUCCGCUCCCCGGUCGCCAUGUAUCGCUCCGCUCGGAACCUGCAGCGCUUCAGCGCGAAUCUGUGGAAGCUCUGGACCGUUCAGAGAUCCAUAACCGUCCGGACCAUCAGCCCAGCGGCCGGCGUGCUGCACAACCAGCACAGAAUGGCCAGUUCAGAGUCGUACCGGAUCGAGAGAGACACAUUUGGGGAGCUCAAAGUUCCUUCUGAUAAAUAUUAUGGAGCUCAAACUGUCAGAUCCACCAUGAACUUCAAGAUCGGAGGAGUGACAGAGAGAAUGCCAAUUCAGGUGAUAAAAGCCUUUGGUAUUCUGAAGAAAGCUGCUGCAGAAGUGAAUAAAGAUUACGGUUUGGACCCAAAGAUCGCAGACAGCAUCAUGAAAGCUGCAGAUGAGGUGGCUGCUGGGAAACUGAACGAUCAUUUUCCGCUGGUGGUUUGGCAGACGGGAUCCGGAACUCAAACCAACAUGAAUGUGAAUGAAGUGAUCAGCAACAGAGCCAUCGAGAUACUGGGAGGGAAACUGGGCAGCAAAGACCCCGUUCACCCCAAUGACCACGUCAACAAGAGCCAGAGUUCCAAUGACACGUUCCCCACCGCCAUGCACAUUGCUGCAGCUACAGAAGUUCAUGAGGUUCUUCUUCCGGGUCUUCAGACGCUGCACGAUGCACUUGCUGUUAAAGCUGAAGAGUUUAAAGACAUCAUUAAGAUCGGCCGCACACACACACAGGACGCUGUGCCGCUCUCGCUCGGACAGGAGUUUGGUGGUUACGUUCAGCAGGUGAAAUACAGUAUUGCACGGGUGAAAGCUGCGAUGCCACGUGUGUAUGAACUGGCAGCAGGUGGCACUGCAGUUGGCACUGGACUGAACACACGCAUCGGAUUCGCUGAGAAAGUGGCAGAUAAAGUGUCGGCACUCACAGGACUGCCGUUCGUGACAGCACCCAAUAAGUUUGAGGCUCUGGCGGCCCAUGAUGCUCUGGUGGAGUUGAGCGGUGCUCUGAACACUGUUGCUGUGAGUAUGAUGAAGAUCGCCAACGACAUCCGCUUCCUGGGAUCUGGACCACGAUCCGGUCUCGGUGAGCUGAUCCUGCCUGAGAACGAACCUGGAUCAAGUAUCAUGCCAGGUAAGGUGAACCCCACGCAGUGUGAGGCGAUGACUAUGGUGGCCGCUCAGGUGAUGGGGAAUCAUGUGGCCGUUACUGUCGGAGGAAGUAAUGGACACUUUGAACUCAACGUUUUCAAGCCAAUGAUUAUUAAGAAUGUUUUGAACUCUGCCCAGCUGCUGGGCGACGCGUCCAUGUCGUUCUCUAAUAACUGUGUUGUUGGAAUUGAAGCGAACACGGAGAGAAUCAACAAACUAAUGAAUGAAUCAUUGAUGUUGGUCACUGCGCUCAAUCCUCAUAUAGGUUAUGAUAAGGCCGCCACUAUUGCAAAGACGGCACAUAAAGAGGGCUCGACUCUUAAAGCAACAGCCAUCAAGCUGGGAUACCUGACUGAGGAGCAGUUCGAGCAGUGGGUGCGACCGCAGGACAUGCUGGGACCCAAAUAGACUGUAAACACACCACAGCACUCCUGGCUUUCUACAAUAAAACACACUUUUGUUGACAUGCAGCGUCCCUUUGUGUCCAUGAUAAAUUCACUCAGUGUCUAAAGUGUGAACAGCCAGUUGUCGUUUAUCUUCAUUGAGCUUUUUCAGUGUUUUAUCCAGAGAAAAGUUCAUUUUGAACUUAUUUCAACAGUAUUGGACACUUAAUUGUUGGACAUUAAACGUUUACUAUGUUUUGACUGUGACAUGAAGAUCCAAUCAUCAAUAACAUCUUUUAUCAAUAACACAUUUUAUCAGUAUGUGAGUUCCUUGGGAAUGCAUGGGUUAAUCUCACGAAAUCAUGUCCGGGGCAUAUUUCACCCCUAAAGAAAUUAUUUUUGCUUAACAUGAAAAUGAUGUGAAAAUGAAGCCUAUUUUAAGGACCAUUAAGUCUAUAAAAUAUUUCAAGACAAUUACAAAUAAUUUCCACCAAUUAUCAUUAUUAUUAUUAUUUUCUUUUUUUUUUAAAUCAUUUUCAUUGGUGAUUCUCAUUACUGGAAUAGUCCCAAAAAAUUACUGCAAUACAAUUUUAUUGUUAAAAACAACAUAAAUUAAAGGCAAUUAACAAGUAAUACUAUGAUGUAUACAUACUUUACAAUUUCUGCAUUACAGUAAGGACAAUUUGAGAGGAAAUAUGGUCCUAAAAUAGGCUUAAUUUUAAUUGUGCUAUAUAUGAUAUCUUGUUUCUCUUACCUACAUUUAUGUUUCUAUUUGUAUCUGAUAUUUCUCUUUUGGAUGGUUUCACACCUUAUUUACACUAGUGAACUGAUCUGUUUUUGAAAUGAAGAAGAGCUGGUCUGUAAAUGAAUAUACACAUUUAGCUGUUCAUUUACUCAGUCAUAUAUGAAUAUAAAGGUCUAAAGCUAAAAAAGUACUUUGGGAGAUUUACAGAGGUUUACAGUCUGGAUCUGUGUUUAAGACGCCAAACCUGUAACUUUGACACUAUAGAGUCAGGUGAGUAACUUUCUCAGUCCAACAAUAAUUCAUAUUAAGCAGACUUCCUGUUUACUUUUCAGCUAAACUAGGUAAUAGCUCUCUCACCUUUGCAUCAGUUAUAUACACUACAUGGCCAAAAGCAUAUGAGCACACAAACAAAACACCUGUAUAUGCUUAGUGAAAAUUUAAUUUCAAAAUCAUGUGCAUUAAUAUGGAGUCUCUUCCCCCCCUUUGCUGCUGUUUAACAGCUUCCGCUCUUUUAAUGUGCUCAAUCGUUUUUAAAACUUUGCAGUCCAGAAAUCUUAAUGGUCCAAAAAAGUAGGCUUAAUUUAAUUUAUACAAUAUAUAAUGUUUUUUUAUUUUCUUCUUUUGAUCACACAGUGAAAUAUCAGUAGAUGUUCUUGGCUGGUUUUGUGAGAUUCACCCUUCUGUCUAUAAGGUCUUUAUCAAAGCAAAAUGCCCAGAUGGCUUCACUCCAGAUGAUCCCUACAGAGGGAACACCACCAGCUGGUCUUCCUGAAGUCAAGCUCUAGCAUUUCAUCUGCUCUGCUGUUGUCAUUAUUGAAAGCCUGUGUGAGUUUAUUCCCGGUGUGCCUCAAGGCUCAGUGUUAGGUCCGUUCAUAUUGAUUAAUAAUGGACCAGCAGGGGUCAGGUGACAUAUGGUCACGAUAAGAGAAAUGCUCCUGAUGAUGGAGGUAAGCUUUCACAGGGGUGUGUGGUUACCUAGAUACGCAGGUUUUGGCAGGAGAGAUUUGAAGUGUGACAUGUGGCAUCUCUGCAGGGUUGAGACCUCUGCAGCUCACUGUCUGUGCAUGAUAAUUUUUGCUUCUUAUUAGUUUGUAAUGAGACAAUGACUGUUUGUGACCUCCCUGAUUAGGAAGUGUGUGUGAUAUAUAUAUAUAUAUAUAUAUAUAUAUAUAUAUAUAUAUAUAUAUAUAUAUAUAUACACACACACACACACACCGAUCAGCCACAACAUUAAAAGCACCUGCCUAAUAUUGUGUAGGUCCCCUUCGUGCCGCUAAAACAGUGCCAACCCGCAUUUCAGAAUAGCAUUCGGAGAUGAUAUUCUUAUCACAAUUGUACAGAGUGGUUAUCUGAGUUACCGUAGACUUUGUCAGUUCAAACCAGUCUGGCCAUUCUCUGUUGACCUCUCUCAUCAACAAGGUGUUUCCAUCCACAGAACUGCCACACUUUAUGUUUUUUGUUCAUUCGGAGUAAAUUCUAGAGACUGUUGUGUGUGAAAAUCCCAGAAAUACUCAAACCAGCCCGUCUGGCACCAACAAUCAUCCAUGUGAUUAUCUAAUCAGCCAAUCGUGUGGCAGCAGUGCAGCACAUAAAAUCAUGCAGAUAUGGGUCAGGAGCUUCAGUUAAUGUUCACAUCAACCAUCAGAAUGGGGAAAAAAUUCGAUCUCAGUGAUUUGAAGCGUGGCAUGAUUUUUGAUGGCAGAUGGGCUGGUUCGAUAAGUCUAAGUGGUCGUAAAAAAGUGACACCUUUGUUAUUCGUGGUCAAAAUUGACCGACCAUUGAAAAUUAAUGGGAAAGACCCAAAAUCAGAGCAAUUUUUUUUUCAUCUUUCAAAUAAAAUCAAUUAAUCAGCCACAAUGCAGAAAAAAUCAUACUGAAAUUACAAGGUGAGACUCAUAUACACACACUCAGAAAUGAUGGGGUGAGACGAUAACACACUCACAAUGCAGAACACACACACAAAACCAGGACAUAAGUGGAGCUCUACAGCCAUAUUUUGGCAUUAGAAGUCAUCUGUUGUUUUAUAGAUGAUGACAGCAAUCUGACCUGCAAAAUGUUUACUCUGAUUCUUCUGUUUUAUACUCUAAUAGAAUUUUCAGAAUUUUGCAGUUCAUUUCUGUUUCUUGAUGUUCAUUUUAUUGACAUUAUUAUACAUUUACUUUGAGUUAUUAAAUGUUUAUGUUUGAAAUAAAUUAUUGGUAUAAAAUGUUUA